AUGGCCGAGAAUGUUGAUGGAAAUCUUGAUGACUUGAACGAGAGGUGCAGAGGAGAAGCCGAGGAAAAGACCAGUUUAGCACGUACUUGUAGAGAAGAGAUGCAGAAUUUGAAAAGGAUGUGGAAUUUAGGUCCUGUGUUUCGUAACCAGUAUGACAAUGAUGUCACUGUUUGGAGUCCUCAGGGCAGGAUUCAUCAAAUUGAAUAUGCAAUGGAAGCUGUUAAGCAAGGUUCAGCCACAGUUGGUCUGAAAUCAAAAACCCAUGCAGUUUUGGUUGCAUUGAAGAGGGCACAGUCAGAGCUUGCAGCUCAUCAGAAAAAAAUUCUCCAUGUUGACAACCAUAUUGGUAUUUCAAUUGCGGGGCUUACUGCUGAUGCUAGGCUGUUAUGUAAUUUUAUGCGCCAGGAAUGUUUGGAUUCCAGAUUUGUAUUUGACAGACCACUUCCGGUGUCUCGUCUUGUAUCUCUAAUUGGAAGCAAGACCCAGAUACCAACACAAAGGUAUGGCCGGAGACCCUAUGGUGUUGGACUGCUUAUUGCUGGAUAUGAUGAUAUGGGCCCUCACAUUUUCCAAACCUGUCCAUCUGCUAACUAUUUUGACUGCAGAGCUAUGUCCAUUGGAGCCCGUUCUCAAUCAGCUCGUACUUACUUGGAAAGACAUAUGUCUGAGUUUAUGGAGUGCAAUUUAAAUGAACUGGUUAAACAUGGCCUGCGUGCAUUAAUAAAUCAUAUUUCUUAA